AUGACACCCGUACUUCAUGAUGCACUUUUCAAGCUGCUAGGCGUCCACGAAGGGUCGCGACUGCAGGAAAAAAUUAUAAAUUCGUCUCGUCUUCUUAUAGCUGGAGUUGAGGGUACUGAAUGCCCCCCAAAGCCGGCUGCGGUGAUCGAUUUGUGGUCCUCAGAGGUGGAACGGCGUACAGUUGCUGAAAGGCAGCUGGCGUCUAUAUGGAUAGCUGCUAAAUUUUGGGGCUCGUCACUUCAACGUGUCUCACUCUCAACACUCGUAACGGAUCUUUUGUACCGCUUCUGCGUGGAUGCUCAGCAAGGUAGUGAAGGGGUAUGCGCCGGUAGUUGGAAUGACACAAUGGAAAUGGUCAACCGACUCCACGAGGCAGAGAUGGUAUUGCUCCGGCGCCAGAGGUUUGUGGUUCCUGGUGUUUCCGUGGGUAUUGCUUAG